AUGGUGACUAACGUGGGGGUCCGCGACAAGGCUUUGGAGACCAUCGCAUUCGUCUUGGGCGCCUUGACCGCCGGCGGCGGUACUAUGGGCUAUGUCAAGACUGGAUCCCUCCCCUCCGUCAUUGCUGGGUGGACAGUUGGCAUAUUGUACGGUUUGGGAGGUUAUCGUUUGCAAUCGCGUCAACCGUUCGGUAUCGAACUUGCUCUUCUCGCCUCUGCUAUACUUGGUGGUUCCUCUAUUCCUCGAGCCCUUCGUAGCGGAAAACCGGUCCCGACCGUACUAAGCUUCAUUUCUAUAUUUGGCCUGUUGGCUUUCGGUAACGCCUUCCGAAAGACUUUGUGA